AUGGCGGAGUCAAUGGACGAUGCUGGCACACUUAACACCAGGAAUAUGCCUGAUAACUACAAGAAGACGUUUCAGAAACGCUAUAGAAGUUUGGAGUUACUUGUUUGGAAUAGAACAAAACAUGGCACUUUGAAGUUUGCAGAAGAAUACUUUGCUUCAGGGACGUGGUUUGAGAAUUUUUUACCGAGUGUUAUACCACCAGAGAAACAUUCCACAGCAUUUGUUACAAAUAAACCUGGCGUUUUAGCUGGUGUAAAAGGAGGAUUGAUGUUCAAUAUGGAUGUACAAGGGACACGAAAGUACCUUUCAAUUGGUUUUGCAAAUCCAGUUGUAGGUGGUUACAAGACCUAUAUUUCAAUCAAAGACGAUGAUCUUGGAGCGAAGAAUGGCUUUGACAAUGCCAAAAAUGAUAAACAUAAGCUUCAUACCAUUGGAGAGUUUGUAGUUGAGGCAAAUCUUACAACUCCCCGUGAGGGAGGAAACAAACAGAUGAUAUUUAUUGUUUCUGAUGUACCUGAUGUAGAUGUAACUGCAUGA